GCAACAGAGGGGUAAUGUACCACAAUGAUCGGAGGACGAGCUUCUUUCAUUCUUCUAAGUACAUUGGCUGUGAUUCAAACCCUUGACGUUCCUUCUAAGAUCUCUUUGACUGAGGUUGAUCUUGGUGAUAGCGUGACUCUGACAUGUAAACCCUCUAAACAUUACUCUGGGUUGUUGUACUGGUUUAGGAUGAAAUUUGGAUAUAUGUUUGAAACAGUUGCUAUGGGGACUUUUCAAACACCAUCACUUCAAGGACAAUUUAACACCUCAAAAUUCAAAGUGUUUAAGGACCAUUCUCUCACCAUAAGAAAUGUGAGCAAAGAAGAUGAAGCAAUGUACUUCUGUCAGGCAGGAGCAGCAUAUCAGAUGUCAUUUGUUAAUGGCACACAUUUAGCCGUGAAUGAUCCUCAAAAUAAGCAGAAAACUGUGAAACUGAGUUCAGAUGUGGAGUUAGUCUCGCUGGGCAACAAGAUAAACCUGCAAUGUUCAUUUCUCAAAGAGAGUCCACGUCAGUGUCCAGAUGAAGACAGAGUCUUCUGGUACAGAGCUGGAUCAGAAUCUGAACCAGGCUUCAUUUAUGCUGACAAGUCCAGCUGUGACAAACAAUCAGGAAGAAGAUGUGUUUCACGUCUGUCCAAAAUUAUUCAGAACCCCUCAGAUGCUGGAAAUGACUACUGUGCCGUGGCCACGUGUGGAGAGAUCCUGUUUGGAGAAGGAACUAAAGUGGAGAUAAGAGAACAAUGGGGUCUACCUGUCAUUGUUCUUGGAACACUGUUGGCUCUUUCUGUGAUUGUGAUUGCAAUCCUCGUAUGUGCAAGAGACUAAAGACUCCAGAAACCACAGAAUGCCUUCAUGACGCCAAAUUUGGUGUUGAGUCUAAGAUAUUGUUUAUAUGCAAC